AUGUUAGCUGUCGUACUGUGCAGCGCGCUGACAGCUGCGGUGGACUCGGAUGAGGUGGUGCACAGUGAGUGGGAGGUGUGGAAGAGCAGCCAUGGCGUUGCCUAUGAAGACUUGGACGAGCGUCAGAGAAGGGCCAUCUGGGAGCAGAACAUGAAAAUGAUUGAAGACAAUAAUCAGGAGUUUUUCAUGGGAAUGAGGCCGUUCUCUAUGGCCAUGAACAAAUAUGGAGACUUGACCAGGCAGGAAUACCAAUUUCUGCAAGGUGCCAUGAUAAAUGUCAACUUUGCAAAGCGUGGGAAGACCGUCUCAGCUCGAUGGCUGCGCAGCAUGGCUAAAAAGUUAAAGGCCAAAACGGUUGACUACAGGAACUUGGGUUAUGUGACAGAGAUCAAAGAUCAGGGAUUCUGCGGCUCCUGUUGGGCUUUCAGUACCACUGGAGCAAUUGAGGGACAGAUCUACAAGAAGACAGGUCAGCUGGUGUCCCUGAGCGAGCAGAACCUGGUGGACUGCUCCAGGCCGUAUGGUACAUACGGCUGCAGUGGUGCUUGGAUGGCCAAUGCCUAUGACUAUGUGGUCCACAACGGUCUCCAGUCGACACAAAGCUACCCCUACACUUCAGUGGAUACUCAGCCCUGCUUCUACAACCGUGACCUGGCUGUGGCUCACAUCAGAGACUACAGGUUUAUUCCCAAAGGAAACGAGCAGGCUCUGGCAGAUGCUGUCGCCACGAUAGGACCAAUUACGGUGGGCGUCGAUGCCGAUCACCCCAGCUUUCUCUUUUACAACUCAGGAAUUUAUGAAGAGCCCAACUGUAACCCCAACAAUCUCAGCCAUGCAGUCUUGUUAGUGGGCUACGGCUCUGAAGGAGGCAAAGACUACUGGAUUAUCAAAAACAGCUGGGGCAGUGCCUGGGGAGAAGGUGGAUAUAUGAGAAUGAUCCGGAAUGGCAGAAACACUUGUGGGAUGGCGAGCUACGCUUUGUAUCCAAUCUUGUGA